AACAAAUAAAAAUCAUAUAAAAUAGGUAAUUGAUCCCUUCUUCAUGUAUAAAAGCCAAAAAGAGGGUGUUUCCUCUUUAACAAGUUAUACCUCCUCCAUGACUAACCUAUAUAUAUACAUAUAAACGUUGGAAAAGCAGGAGAAGCAAAAAAGGAAUUGCUUAAUAUAGUUAACAAUCCAAUUCCAAAAUUCCAAUUUCAUACAUAUGCAUAGGAAAAGUUAGAUAUAAAUUUGAUAGAGCAAAUGAAACAGAAAAAGUGUAUAGUUUUUGGCAGGAUCGGUCCAGCAUGAUGAGGUCAACAACUAGUGGGGUUUCAGCGGCCGCCCUUCCUCAGCAGCAACCUUCUCAAUCUUCAACAUCUACUGGGAUUUCAGCGGCCGCCCGUCCUCAGCAGUUACCUUCACAGUCUCUUACUUUCAAACCCAAAUCAGAAUGGGUUCAUGAAAAUGAAGCUACCGUCUUGUUGCUUUAUCUUCCUGGGUUUACAAUGGAGCAAUUAACAAUAAGCCCGGAGUACUCAGAACGAAGGGUAAAGGUUGAAGGGAAGCGUCGGCUUCCCAACAACAGAUUGCUCCCUGUAAACGAAACAUUCAACAUUCCCGAUGAUUGCGACUUGUCUAACAUGCUCAAAGAAUUUGGAAAAGGCACUCUCUCCCUUAAAUUCCCCAAGGUUUUACCACAGCAACAUAAACAGACAGGGGUUAAUGCCAAAAGUGAUGAAGAGGAAAAGAAAGAUCAAACUGAUGAUGCCAACAAGAAAGCAGCAGAUGAAAGCAAUGAGAAUGGCAAGGAAUAUUCGUCCACGCCAUCCAUGCCCCAAAACAAUCUGGAAAAGAAAAAUCAGACUGAUGAUGCCAACAAGAGAGCAGCAGAUGAAAGCAAUGAGAAUGGCAAGGAAUAUUCGUCCACGCCAUCCAUGCCCCAAAACAAUCUGGAAAAGAAAAAUCAGACUGAUGAUGCCAACAAGAGAGCAGCAGAUGAAAGCAAUAAGAAUGGCAAGGAAUAUUCGUCCACGUCAUCCAUGCCCCAAAACAAUCUGCAACCUUCCUCUCCGGAUGUGAAUUUGAUGGUGAAUGUGGGCGCAGCACUGCUGAUUAUUAUGGGACUAGGAGCUUCUCUCUUCUAUACCAUUUCUCAUCAACUAGGCACCUCUUAGUUCAUCUCGUUCAACAAAUUGUACUUAGUUUUAUUGUUUAACAAUUUAAGCAUAUAAAUAUUUAUAACUCGUUAAAUUAAUUUUAUAUCAAACUCAUCAUUAUAUUGAAAAAACACUUAUUACUCCGAUAAGUAAAUCCAAUAAACUAUUUUUCUUAUUCA